AUGCCUGGAAAGAUAAUUGAGAAAUAUGACCAAGUCCCUGUGACCAAGGAAGACUUGCCUUGGGCUGAGCUUAUUACCCUUGACUUGAGCCAGUAUGAACAGCCUGGUGGCAAGGAGAAACUCGUCAAGCAGUUGGAGCAUGCUGUUCAGCAUGUCGGAUUUUUCUAUGUGAAGAACUUCAACAUUAGCCAAGAAGAGGUUGAUAACCAGUUUGCUCUGGGCCGAGAAUUUUACAACCUUCCAGAUGAAGAAAAGCUCAAGUACCACAAUGCAAACGACCUUACCAGGGGAGAGUAUAAUGGAUAUAGGCCAUCCGGCCAUCGCAUCCUUGGAAAUGGAGUUAAGGAUAAUAUUGAGGUGUACAAUAUUCCCAAGUUUGAUGGCUUCCAUGAGCGACAGCAGCCUCCUAUCCUUUCCGAUCAUAUUGAGGAAAUUGAGGCCUUCAGCCGGAAAUGCCACACCGAAGUUGUGGAGAAGCUUCUUCGACUGUUUGCAAUCCUUCUAGAACUCCCUGAUGAGGAGCAGCUGGUCCGCGCCCACCAGUAUGAUGUCAAAGGUGAAGACCACCUUCGUUAUAUGCGCUACGCAGCACGUGAUGCAGAAUUGAACAAGAAGGUGGGUGAUCUGUACACCCCUGGCCACACAGAUCUCGGAUCUGUCACCCUGCUCUUCCGCCAGCCCGUGGCCGCUCUCCAGAUCCUCAAUUCUGAGGGAGAUUGGAAGUGGGUCCGUCCUCAAGACGGAACUAUUACCAUCAACACUUGUGAUGCCUUGACUGCCUUGACCGGAGGAUAUAUCAAAUCAAGCAUUCACCGUGUCCAUGCACCACCCCAAGACCAGGCUCAUAUUGACCGUCUAGGUGUGCUCUAUUUCGCCCGACCCAAUAACAAUGUGGUUCUUGACCCCAUUGAUAACAGCCCCGUCCUGCAACGCCUAGGACUGACGCAAAAUGCGUUUACCGAGCUAGGCCAGCAUCUCACCACCGAGGAGUGGGUCAAGGUGCGACAGACACAGCAGCAACGCCGGAACAAGGCGGGCAACGUCUCUCAGGAUGGAAAGUUCACCUAUGAAGCUAAGGACCUUCAAAUCAUCCCUGGCUUGCAAGCUCAAGUCUACAAUUAG